AACGCCAAAGCAAAAAGCUUCACGCUUGAAAAUCUCCGUUCAACUCUUUUAGAUCGGAGAUGGCGGAGAAGCCGACGCAAGAGCAAGAGCAAAAGCGAGCGAUGGAACCGGCUGUUCUCGACGAUAUCAUUCGUCGUUUGGUUGAGUUUCGGAACACGAGACCUGGAUCGGGGAAGCAAGUUCAUCUCAGUGAAGGUGAAAUUCGUCAGCUUUGUGCUGUCUCCAAAGAAAUCUUUCUUCAACAACCUAAUCUGCUUGAAUUGGAAGCUCCCAUCAAGAUCUGCGGUGAUAUUCAUGGGCAGUAUUCAGAUCUAUUGAGGCUGUUUGAGUAUGGAGGCUUCCCUCCCGAAGCCAAUUAUUUAUUCUUAGGUGAUUAUGUUGACCGUGGCAAGCAAAGCUUGGAAACAAUAUGUCUUCUCCUAGCUUACAAAAUCAAGUACCCUGAGAACUUCUUCUUGCUGAGAGGGAAUCAUGAAUCUGCCUCCAUUAAUCGUAUUUACGGUUUCUAUGACGAGUGCAAACGCAGGUUCAAUGUCAGACUCUGGAAAAUAUUCACUGAUUGCUUUAACUGUCUUCCUGUGGCCGCCUUAAUUGAUGACAGAAUACUAUGUAUGCAUGGUGGGAUUUCCCCAGAGUUGACAAGUUUGGACCAGAUUAGGAAUAUUGCACGUCCAAUGGAUAUUCCAGACUCUGGUUUGGUAUGUGAUUUACUGUGGUCGGAUCCUAGUGGAGACGUCAAAGGCUGGGGCAUGAACGAUCGCGGUGUUUCAUACACUUUUGGAGCUGACAAAGUCGCAGAGUUUUUGGAAAAAAAUGACAUGGACCUUAUCUGUCGUGCCCACCAGGUUGUUGAAGAUGGGUAUGAGUUCUUUGCAGACAGACAGCUUGUUACAGUAUUUUCAGCUCCCAACUAUUGCGGGGAAUUUGACAACGCUGGUGCAAUGAUGAGCAUUGAUGAGAGCUUAAUAUUUCUGGUAACCAUGGAUUCUCUCGUUGAAUCUGGUUGGAAGUACCUUGUUACACAUUUCAGCGACUUUCAACUGGCGUGCAUUGGGAGUUUUAUCCUUCAUGAAAGUGUGUUUUUCUUGUCUGGACUCCCUUACAUUUUCCUAGAAAGGACCGGUUUUCUCAGCAGUUACAAAAUUCAGACAAAAAAUAAUACUCCUGAAGCACAAGGAAAAUGCAUCGCUCGACUAUUGCUUUACCAUUUCUGCGUAAACUUGCCCCUCAUGAUGGCGUCUUAUCCUGUCUUCAGAUUCAUGGGCAUGCAGAGUAGUUUUCCUUUGCCGUCCUGGAAAGUGGUGUCUGCCCAGAUCUUAUUCUACUUCAUCAUUGAGGAUUUUGUAUUUUAUUGGGGUCACAGGAUCUUGCAUACUAAAUGGCUGUACAAGAACGUGCACAGUGUGCAUCAUGAAUACGCCACACCGUUUGGUUUGACAUCAGAAUAUGCUCACCCCGCUGAGAUUCUGUUCCUGGGUUUUGCUACCAUUGUUGGUCCGGCUCUCACCGGGCCUCACCUGAUCACCCUCUGGUUAUGGAUGAUGCUCAGAGUUAUUGAGACAGUUGAGGCACAUUGUGGUUAUCAUUUCCCAUGGAGCCCCUCGAAUUUUCUUCCUCUGUACGGCGGUGCUGACUUCCAUGACUAUCAUCAUCGAUUACUCUACACAAAGUCUGGCAACUACUCAUCAACUUUUGUAUACAUGGACUGGAUCUUUGGUACCGACAAAGGUUACAGAAAACUGAAGGCACUAAAAGAAACGUGAAAUUCGAUUUCCCGAGAGAGAGGUCUUGUUCUCAAAAACUCUUCUUUCUUCUGUUUUGUCUCUACAAUUUCCUCAACUUUAGUCAUAAGAACAACAUUGUUUGCAACAAUUUGUGUUUGUACAAUCAAAGCUGCUAGUCUUAACUCGAUUCGAUGUUGAAUCUUUUAAGUGCCCAUUGUUUGUAUUUGACUAUUACUACUGCUUACUGGUUUUCUUAUUCUUUAGACUCUGCUUAGAACAUAUGAUCUAAGUACCUCUUCAAGUACUGGUUUUUUCUUUUAGGAAUAAUCUUACAAUUUUUUU